CCUGUUCUGUAGCGAGGCUUUGAGUUGCAACAUGACGAAACGUUAGUGUUCUUGAACGCCCCUCACUCAGCGUUUGUGCAACAGUUUAGAGGCAAUUGAAUUAGUAAUCUCGUUUGUGAACCUCGGAGAGCAUCUGUGUAAAAGCAGGCGACUGACAAAACAGAAGUGAGUAACAACAUCAGUGCAAUGCUGCUCCUCAGACGCUGCCACAGCCUGACUAGAUUUGGCCCUCUCAAAACUCAAAGGCAUCAAGUGGCCCCUGCUGUGGUGUCGUGUGCAGUUCGUCUCUGGAGCAGCAGCAGUGAGGACCGGAGAUCGUACCAGCGUGUCCACGGUCCCAGCUGGAGACAUGGCCUGGCAGGACUGCUGGCUGGUACCGGGGCUGUGCUGGCUUAUGGCCUCCACCACCACAAGGCUGAGCAACAAGACACCGUCAGAGCGAAGACCAUAGAGAAGACGUCAGCGUUUCCCAUCUUCAGCCAGGAAGAGGUCACCAGUCACCGCUCUCUGGAAGAUGGCGUGUGGGUCACUUACAAAGGUGGCGUCUACGACAUCACUGAGUUUGUGGCCAUGCACCCCGGUGGGGAUAAAAUCUUGCUGGCUGCAGGUGGCGCCCUUGAACCUUUCUGGGCGCUGUAUGCUGUACACAACCAGGAACAUGUGCUGGAAAUGCUCUCAGAGUAUAAGGUUGGUGAGCUGAAUGCAGACGACCUGAAGAAGCAGAAGGCUGUUCAGACAUCGGACCCCUACUCUUCUGAGCCCGAGCGUCACCCCGCCCUGCGCAUCAACAACCUCAAGCCCUUCAAUGCUGAGCCGCCUCCUGAAAUCCUCUCCGACAGCUUCAUCACCCCCUCUGCGAUCUUCUUCAAAAGAAACCACCUGCCCGUCCCUCAGGUGGACACAGCUUCAUACCAGCUGCACGUGGAGGGACUCCCCGGAGGAGUGCUGACGCUGUCUUUAGAAGAGUUGAAGACUCAAUUCCCCAAACACACCGUCACCGCCACGCUGCAGUGUGCCGGUAACCGCCGCUCUGAGAUGAACGAGGUCAAGCAGGUGAAAGGACUGAACUGGGGCAUUGCUGCGAUCAGUAACGCUACGUGGAGCGGCGCGAGGCUCCGGGAUGUGAUGCUAGCGGCUGGUUACGGGCCCGAUGUGGCUCAGCGGGCUUUCCAUGUUCAGUUUGAAGGACUCGAUAAAGACGUGACCGGGUCGACCUACGGUGCUUCAAUCCCUCUGAACAAGGCUGUUAGCGAGGAAGGUGAUGUGUUGCUGGCCUACGAAAUGAAUGGCCAGGAUCUCCCCGCCGAUCACGGCUACCCCGUCCGCGUGGUGGUGCCAGGCACAGUGGGCGCACGCAAUGUUAAGUGGCUGGGGAAGAUCAUAGUGAGUGCAGAAGAAAGCAAAAGCCACUGGCAGCAGAACGACUACAAAGGCUUCUCCCCCGGGACGGACUGGGACACGGUAGACUUCAAGUCUGCUCCGGCCAUCCAAGAGCUGCCCAUCCAGUCCGCCAUCACCUCACCGGCAAACGGCGCUGUGGUGGACCGCAGUUUGGAAGAGGUGACGGUGAAGGGUUACGCCUGGAGUGGCGGGGGCAGAGAGGUGGUGCGUGUAGAUGUGUCUCUGGAUGGAGGGAAGACGUGGCAGGUGGCCCAGCUCAGGAGCAGCGAGAAGGGACAAGCGCCUGAACCCUCGCCUCCACCGGGACGAGCCUGGGCCUGGAAGCUGUGGGAGGUGACGGCUCCUCUUCCUGCCGAGGCUCAGGAGCUGGAGAUAGUCUGCAAGGCGGUCGACAACAGUUACAACAUGCAGCCGGACACAGUUCCUCCUAUCUGGAAUCUGAGGGGCGUGCUGAGUAACGCCUGGCACAGAGUGACGGUGGUGAUCAGAGAGGAUGGGAGCGAGGAAUAGACUCGGCAGUUUGAUCCACAUUCAAAAUCCAAAAGGUUAACUGACGGCUGAAAGAGAGACUGUCAGAGAGAAAUCUGUCAGUCAGCACGAAAAGUGAAGGAUGAACAAAACUUUUUCUGACAGCUUUGAAGUGUUUAUGCAAUCGUGUUGCCUGUGAGAUUUGAGAUUUGAGAUGCCUGGGACAAAGCUAAAGGCUGUAAAUGACCAAAACAUGUCCAGUUUUAUCUUGUGAUGAUUCGCUUACACUUUGGUCUUAAGGUAACGUCUCAGUUAACUUUGAUUUGUAGAAAAGAAAACAUUUUUGUAUGUAUUUUUGUAAUCUAUAUAUUAUAAGGGUUGAAUUAAUUGUGUGAUUAACACGCAUCAUAAUUUAAAUAAUAUGAAAUCUAAUAUAAGUGUAUGAUAUAUUCAUCGCUUUAAAUGAAGGCUACUAGAGUUGCAUGGAGUUCACUGAGCAUUGUUUAUCUGCAGCUGUGGAGUUGCUGAUUUAAUAAUCUUUUAUAAGUGAGAAGAUAAUAAAAUACGUUUUUUAUGAGAAACGUCACCGCGCCUCACUGGAGCUCUCGCUAAGAUGCAGCUGUGUUUAUACCACGACUCCAGCACACUGCAGAAGUCGGGGGCGACUUGACCACCGUGUUGACUGGACUGUUUUGUGUAAAAUGUACAUUGUUGAUGAUAAAUAAAGAGCUCUAAUUUUA